AAAUUUGUAGUUGGCAACACUGGGCACUAGUAAACAACAGCCAGCAAGAGGCAACAAGAAGUCGUCUCUCUUACCUUUUUCUUUCAUAAUUUACCGUUUUUACCGUUUAAAUUUUUAGGCAAUCACAUUUAAAACCAUGGCCGAUCAAAGUAAAGAGAAUCCACUGCACAUUUCCUGGCAUGACAGCAUGUGGGUUCCCCACCUUAACUCUUCCAACAUCAUGGAGUAUUUUGGCGAGAGAACAAACCCUUUCUACUCAAGAGAAUGUAACAAUGAAUUUAUCAAAAUGCAGCAGAACACAAGAGUGGACCAACUUCACCAUAUGCAAGGUGUGGAAUACAUAUUAUUGCACACCCAGGAGCCAAUUCUCUAUAUCAUCCGGAAGCAACAACGUUACAGCCCGACACAGGUCAGCCCACUCGCCAACUACCACAUCAUUGGGGGACAAGUGUUUCAGACGCCAGACUUGGGCUCUGUCAUCAAUUCCAGAACAUUAGCUGCUGUGAGCAACUUGAACAGUGCUUUCACGGAGAUGCAGUCAUUCUCACAAUACCACCCAUCAAGAGGAUACUGGUGGCAGUUCAGGAACCAGGUGGAACAAACUGAACAGCAGAAGAAAGAAAAAGAGAAGAAGGCUGGACAAGGGAGACGGGAGGAACCAGCGUCAGUUUUCCAACACAGGCGAGUAGGCUCCCUGCUAGAGGACCUCCAGGCUAAGUUCCCCUAUAAAUUCCCAUCUCAGGCACAGCAGCCAGCACAGCAACCAACACAACAGCCAGCACAGCAGCCACAGCAGCAACAACAACAGCAGCAACAGCCAUCACAGCAACAGACUCCACAGCAGGACACAAUUAAGACAGAAGACAACAAACCAGAUAUAAAGACAGAAAUUAAAACUGAAGUAAAAAUUGAGAUCAAGACGGAACCAUCAUCUCAACCACCCACGCCACGCUCCGUCAAGCCUCCACCGGAAAAAAGACAACGCACUGGACCGUAGAACGAGGAAAGAAUAAACCACACUUAAAACUUUA